AUGGCCAAUCAAACACCCGCAGACCAGUUCGAUGACAUCGAUUCGAAGAUCUACCACCUCGCAGAAGCAGAUUUCACUCAAAACACCGAAACAACCUCGGAGCUAGCCGUGGAAUCUCCCGGAAUCAAGCUUGAGGACGGACCCCAGAAGAAAAGACAGCGUCGCAGCCGCCACGAACCGGAGCCCGAAUACUCUUCUAUCGUGAGAGAGCACCAGGAGCGGAAGAAGGAAACUUCCGAUCGUUCUCGUCAUGCCUGUGAUAGAUGCAAGUUAAGGAAGACGCGCUGCACUGUUGGGGAGGACGGCCCUGCAUGCUUUCUCUGUCUGCAGGAUGGCCUCGAUUGCCUUGUGACGGACCGCGUUACGAAUGAGACGUUUUCGCGUGGAGAGCCGGGGCGCAUGAAGCGUAAGAUUGCUGAGCUGGAGGAACAAAUUGCCGCUAUGGAGAGAGAACAAGAGGCCUCUUAUUUGGAGAUCAUUCACCUUCAGGCGAUGGUUUCUCACUUGAAGGCGGAGAAUAUGAGUAUUCAAGAGGAGAAUCUUCAAAGAGAUGGGAGAAGGGAGUUUGCUGAUUGUUGGCAAAUUGAUGGACUUGCUUGA